AUGCAAUUCUUCACGUCAGUUUUCAUUUUGGCCUUUGCUGCACAGGCUUUAGGUGCUUUAACUCAGUAUCAAUUCUUUGCCCAAUCAGACAACGAUGAAGUUGAUGGUCACGGGUUGUAUUUCUAUAAUGAAGGGGGUGUCAUCAAUUAUUACUUUAUUUCAAAUGACACAGAUGCAUCCUCAGUAUCAAUUGUUACUUACGAUAAUGAAACUCAAGAGUUUCACCGCCAAGUUAGCCCACAAGCCAAGUAUUUCGUUACUAACACAAACAGUAUUUUUCAAUUGAGCGGACAAGGUGAGCCAUUGAAGGCUCCAAUUAGUGCAAGUGGCGAAGUUUACUUUGGAAGUGGUGUAAAACUUUAUGCAGCAAAAAACUAUGGUGAUCCAAAAGGCUAUUCUGACUUCAAUUAUGGUGUUCUUACAAGAGAUGUCGAGAAUUCUUUUGCGAUUACUAUUAUUGCAAGAAAAUAUGAAUCGUAA